UUGACAUUUUAGACAUUUCGCUGAACUUGAGGCACGAUAAAAGGAUAUUUUUUUUUGCUCCUCUUGCGAAGAAAUAUUUAAUAAAAAAAAAGAAAAGAACUGUUUGCUUUUCAGUUCCUGUUUUUUCUAUAUUUAAGUUUUAAUUCUUUUAAUAAAAAUAAUUAAGAAAAAAAAAACUGUGUCUUGUUCUAAAAAAAAUCUAAGAUAUUGAAAUUGAAUUAGAAACAAAAAAAAAAGUAUAUUGAUAAAAUCGAAAGACAGAAAAAAGUCCUUUUUGCCAUAUAGUGAAGUUAUUCAGGACACAACCUCCAUAUUAUUUUUUUCUAUUUUCCUGGAGAAUUUUUUUUUGUGAUUUUAAUCAAACUCGUUGUGAAAAAUUAGUGAAAAAAUGAAUUAAUUGACAAAAUGACUUUAAGGAUUGAGGAUAAUUAAUUUUCCUUAUCAAGGAAAUUAUUGGCUUUUAUAAUUUUUCUACCUUUCCUGUUAAGUUUUUUUUUUCAUUGCCUUUUGAAAUCUAAAAUAAAGUGUGCGCGAUUAGAGGGGUGGAUACAUUAAUUUCAAAAGAAAAACAUGGUAACAAUGACCUCCGAACUGGAUAAGAGUCAUACAACACAAUCGAAGACAGCCUCAUGUUCAGCUAAUACAACUAUAGCAACGUGUUCUGGAGGUGCUGCCGCAGGAGCAGGAUCUGCUGGAGGACCGAGUGGCAGUAGUUGUAACGUUUUAAAUAAAAGUUCUCUCAACAAACGGAACGAGGAUGCUCCAAAUAUUUUGGUUUACAAAAAAAUGGAAUCUGUUAUCGAGAAGAUGCAAGCUGAAUCAACUGGUGUUGCUGUGCGAACGGUGAAAGCGUUUAUGAGCAAAGUUCCAUCGGUAUUUUCGGGGGCGGAUCUUGUAGCGUGGAUUUUGAAGAAUUUCGAUGUAGAUGUAACGGAGGGGCUGCAUUUUGCCCAUCUAUUGGCAUCACAUGGUUAUAUAUUUCCUAUUGAUGAUCAUGCAUUAACGGUGAAGAAUGAUGGCACAUUUUACAGAUUCCAAACACCUUAUUUUUGGCCAUCAAAUUGUUGGGAGCCAGAAAAUACAGAUUAUGCUGUUUAUCUUUGCAAACGCACAAUGCAAAACAAAACACGCCUUGAAUUGGCCGACUAUGAGGCUGAAAAUUUAGCAAAACUUCAAAAGAUGUUUUCUAGAAAAUGGGAAUUCAUUUUUAUGCAGGCGGAAUCUCAAAGUAAAGUUGCAAAAAAACGUGACAAACUUGAACGCAAAGUCUUGGAUUCACAAGAACGCGCCUUCUGGGAUGUCCAUCGUCCAAUGCCUGGAUGUGUGAAUACCACCGAAAUAGAUAUUAAGAAAGCCUAUCGUCGCGGUGGCUCUAGUCAUGGUACUGGGUCAGCUGGUGCAUCGUUAGCUAAAAAUCCUGUAGAGCAAUUUAGUCGUAUUAUUGCAUUGCGAAGGCAAAAGCUCGAAAGACGCACAAUCAAAGUAUCAAAAGCUGCUGAAUCAUUAGUUUCUUACUACGAACAAUAUAACGAAUUUGAUAAUUUCAUAACAGAAUUGCCAAAUCCAUGGCAAACGGAUAAUGCUGAAAUUUGGGAAGCUGAAAAAUUCACGAAAGAGGUACCUCUUCGUCGUGUCAAACGUUGGGCAUUUAGUUUACGUGAACUUCUGAACGAUCCUAUUGGUCGAGAGCAAUUUACAAAAUUUCUCGAAAAAGAAUAUUCAGGAGAGAAUUUAAAAUUUUGGGAAUCCGUACAAGAAAUGAAGGCACUACCACAGUCUGAAAUCAAAGAAGCAAUAAAUAAAAUCUGGAUAGAAUUUUUGGCACCCGAUGCCCCAUGUCCAGUUAAUGUUGACUCCAAAUCAGUUGAGUUAGCCCGUGAAGCUGUCAACUCGCCACAGGGUCCGAAUCGUUGGUGUUUCGAUGUAGCUGCAUCGCAUGUGUAUCAUCUAAUGAAGAGUGACUCCUAUUCAAGAUACUUACGUUCCGACAUGUACAAAGACUAUUUAAAUUGUUCCCGAAAGAAAAUCAAAUCAAUUCCGAAUUUAUUCGGAGUAAAACGUUAAAAUAAAAUAAAAUUUAAUAAAAAAAGUA